GAGGUCCCUUAAAAUGCAACCAGCCUCCGAGUUUAGGGGGCAGUAGAGUGCACUUGUUCCUGUGUAGAGACCGAAGAAUGAGCCAUUCACGGCGCUCUUAGAAGAUAUACAACUACUCCUGUGAAUAACGUUUUUUACUUGUGACCAGAAUACCAGAGUGUUGUCAUCAUGUCUGGUGGUCCAGCGGUGAGGGUCAGCAUUGAGUCUUCGUGUGAGAAGCAGGUGCAGGAAGUGGCCCUGGAUGGCACAGAGACAUACGUCCCCCCUCUGUCCAUGUCCCAGAACUUGGCAAAGUUGGCACAAAGAAUUGACUUCAGCCAGGGAUCUGACUCAGAGGAGGAUGGGGGUGAGGGUGAACCCAGGGACCGUGAGUGGGGGAAGCAGGAGCCAGAGGAAGAAGAAGGCACAGUGAAGUUUCAGCCGUCCCUUUGGCCCUGGGACUCAGUGCGGAACAACCUGCGCAGUGCCCUGACAGAGAUGUGUGUACUCUAUGAUGUGCUCAGUGUGGUGAAGGAGAAGAAGUACAUGGCCUUAGACCCAGUGUCUCAGGAUCCAACAGCUGGCAAGACCCCCCAGGUGUUCCAGCUGAUCAGUAAAAAGAAAUCAUUGGCCACAGCAGCGCAGCUCCUCCUGAAGGGAGCAGAGAAGCUCAGUAAGUCCGUAGCAGAGAACCAGGAGAACAGGAGGCAGAGGGACUUCAACUCUGAGCUGCUGCGACUCCGCUCACAGUGGAAACUACGCAAAGUGGGAGACAAGAUCCUGGGAGACCUGAGCUACCGGAGCGCAGGUUCCCUUUUUCCUCACCAUGGCACAUUCGAGGUGAUCAAGAACACAGACAUUGAUCUGGACAAAAAGAUCCCAGAGGAUUACUGUCCCCUUGAUGUCCAGAUCCCCAGUGAUUUGGAGGGAUCUGCUUAUAUCAAGGUGUCCAUCCAGAAACAAGCUCCAGACAUCGGUGAUCUGGGAACCGUCAACCUGUUCAGGAGACCACCAAAAACCAAAGCCGGUACCCAGGCGUGGCAUGUGAAGCUGGAGGCAGCUCAGAACGUUUUGCUCUGUAAGGAGAUCUUCGCCCAGCUGUCCAGGGAAGCUGUUCAGAUUAAAUCCCAGAUCCCUCACAUCGUUGUGAAGAAUCAGAUCAUCUCGCAGCCCUUCCCAGGUCUGCAGCUCUCCAUCUCACUGUGCCACUCGACAGGAGAGAAGAAGAACCAUCGGGCGUCUCCAGAGAAACCCAAACCAGACGACCACCUUUACGUGCUAGAACACAAUCUGCAUCAAAUGAUGAGAGAGUUCCACAAGCAGCAGCUGAGCUCUGUGGUGAUGCCGCAUCCUGCUAGCGCCCCCUUUGGCCACAAACGCCUGCGCCUCGCAGGGCCACUGGCCUACGACAAAGCUGAAAUCUCCACCUUGCAGCAGAGUGAGGGGCUGCUGGAGAAGAUCAUCAAACAGGCCAAACACAUCUUCCUACGUAGCAGGACGGCGCGGACCAUCGACAGCCUGGCCAGUCGCAUAGAAGACCCUCAGAUCCAGGCUCACUGGUCCAAUAUCAACGAUGUGUAUGAGUCCAGCGUCAAGGUGCUCAUCACCUCUCAGGGCUACGAGCAGAUCUGCAAGUCCAUUCAGCUGCAGCUGAACAUCGGUGUCGAGCAAAUCAGAGUGGUGCACAGAGAUGGACGUGUCAUCACGCUGUCCCACCAGGAACAGGAGCUGCAGGACUUCCUCCUCUCACAGAUGUCGCAGCAUCAGGUGCAUGCAGUUCAGCAGCUGGCCAAAGUGAUGGGCUGGCACGUCCUAAGCUUCAGUAACCACGUAGGCCUGGGCCCAGUGGAGAGCAUAGGAAACGCCUCCGCUGUCACCGUCGCCUCUCCCAAUGGAGAAUACGCCAUCUCAGUGCGUAACGGUCCAGAGAGCGGCUGCAAAGUUUUGGUCCAGUUCCCCCGCAGCCAGACCAAAGAGCUGCCGAAGAGCGACGUCAUCCAGGAGGCCAAGUGGAGCCACCUCAGAGGGCCAAGCAAAGAGGUCCACUGGAGCAAGAUGGAGGGACGAAACUUUGUCUACAAGAUGGAGCUCCUCAUGGCUGCUCUGACUCCCUGUCCUUAGAGACAGCCCCCCUCCACUCCCAUACGCACAGCCAGGCUUCACAUCCCGAGAUUUCCAGCCACGUGUGUCCCAAAACUUAAACAGAUGGCAGCACGAAAACAACAGUUUUUGCAGCCAUGAUGGAAGUCUGUUCAUCAAAAAUGUGACUUUUUCUUCCCAAACUGUUUUUUUUUUUUUCAUGGACUUUUUGAACACUUCCAUAAACUCCUCUCCACCUCCAGUAGUGUCUGUGAGCUGCUCUGGUUUUGAUCAUGUAAGGUGUGGAGUGUAUUCAUACCUCAAGUAAUUUGAUCUGAAGUAAAGAGCAGAGGGUGUCUGUAUUUGUGCUGAUUUGUAAUAUAAGAAUGAAGCUAUGAAUUGGAUGUUUUCUGGGGACUUCUGGUACAGAAACAAUGUGUUCCUGCAGUCUCUUUUUCCUCAUCACUUCAUCUGAUUCAUCAGUUUUUCCAGGUUUUUCCAACACCUGAUGCAAGUUUAAAGUGAGUGUGUUGAGUGACGUAAAAGAAGAUAACAAUUCAUUUUCUAAGGCAAUAAAUACAGUAUGUAUUGUUU